CAUACUACAGAGAGAACUAAACAAAAGGAAACAGUCUGUAGGCUACGUAGCGAAACGCACGUCACCUGAUGUGAUGCGUUUAAUCGACGAAUUGGAUUAGAAGUGAUCAUAUUUAGCUUUAAAAUGAUGUUUUACUGGUAGUUUUCAGGGUAGAUAGUUUCGCUGUUUAUAGGAACUUAAAGGUCUAGGCUCCAGUAGUCUGCGAAUACAUUCGUCAAACAACCACAGCUACUCGUGGUGUUCUAGGUUACUACAGACCCGUGUCGGCUAACGGAAGGCACAAGCUAUGAAUCGUAUGGGUUGAUAGCGCGCUCUUUUACCUGCUAAACUGUGAACACCACAGAGGAAGAGAGGAGAAAAUUCGGUGCAAAUUAAACACAGCUGAGUCUCUGGCUGACCACAUCCGUCUGUCCGCUCCGUGAAGAAUCGUCCUCAGUCGAGCCGAAGCAGCGGGUGACCUCCGAGCGAAAGCCUUCUACAGGCGGCCAAACCCCACCAUGAGUCGAAGGGAAGCACGUGUUGGGGGUCCGGAGCCCACCGUGGCCCCUGAGGUCACCUCCAACACCACGACGGCGGGCGGCCCCGGCUCUGAGGACUUCUCCAAGCUGAAAGACAAGUUCAUGAACGAGCUCAACAAAAUCCCACUGCCGUCAUGGGCCAUCGUAGCGAUCGCGUUUGUGGCCGUGGUGCUCGUGCUCUCCUGCUGCUUCUGCGUUUGCAAAAAGUGGAUCUUCAAGAAGAAGAAGGGCAAGAAGGGCAAAGACAAGGGCAAAAACGCCAUCGACAUGAAAGACGUCAUAGACGGUGGGAAAACCGAGGCCUAUAAGGAUGAUGAGGAUGAUGCGGAGACAGGGCUGACGGAUACGGAGAAAGAGGCCGAGCCCAAGGAGGACGAGAAACUGGGCAAAUUGCAAUACUCCUUGGAUUACAAUUUCACAGAGAAUACGCUCAUAGUGGGCAUCAUUCAGGCCGCCGAGCUGCCCGCCAUGGACAUGGGGGGCACGUCCGACCCCUACGUCAAGGUCUACCUGAUGCCCGACAAGAAGAAGAAGUACGAGACCAAGGUGCACAGGAAGACCCUGAACCCCACGUUUAACGAGCAGUUCACCUUCAAGGUUCCGUACGCCGAGCUGGGUGGGAAGAUUCUGAUGUUGACGGUCUACGACUUUGACCGCUUCUCCAAACACGACGCCAUUGGAGACGUGAAGGUGUUCAUGAACAAGGUGGACUUCAGCCACGUAACAGAGGAGUGGAAGGACCUCCAGAAGGCUGAGAAGGAAGAGCAAGAGAAGCUGGGAGACAUCUGCUUCUCCUUGCGCUACGUACCCACCGCUGGCAAGCUGACCGUCGUCUGCCUGGAGGCUAAGAACCUGAAGAAAAUGGACGUGGGAGGCUUGUCAGAUCCUUAUGUGAAGAUCCACCUGAUGCAGAAUGGAAAGAGGCUGAAGAAGAAGAAGACGACAAUCAAGAAGAACACCCUCAACCCUUACUACAACGAGUCCUUCAGCUUCGAAGUGCCAUUUGAACAAAUCCAGAAAGUUCAAGUCGUGAUAACCGUUCUGGACUAUGACAAGAUCGGUAAGAACGACGCCAUCGGCAAGGUCUUUGUGGGCCUUAACAGCUCGGGCACGGAGCUUCGCCAUUGGUCGGAUAUGCUGGCCAAUCCACGAAGACCCAUCGCCCAAUGGCACGUGUUGAAGCCAGAGGAGGAAGUGGAUGCUCAGCUGUCCACCAAGAAAUAGAAUCCAGUGGUGUGUGUAAGGGGGGGCACGGCCAUGAGUAGUGCUCAAUAGUCAGUGUGUGUAAAUACCUCAGUGAUAUAAGGGUCCAUUCUCUGUCAUCCUUCGUUCAUUAAUGUCUUACGGAAAGUUAACAAAAAAAUAUCACCUUCUUUUAUAAUUGUUGAUAGUUCGUUCCACCACCCCACCUCCCAUAAUCCCCUCUGGGGUCUGUGUUUCUCUGUCAGGUUCCCCCCGAAAUUAAUUCCACACCCUCCACUGGCACCUCUGUUGGUCAGUUGCCAUAAUCUUACCCCCCCCCCUCCAACCAAAUGCCCCCUUCUUUUAAGCAAUAUGAUCUGUAUAGAUAGCGCAUGAUUGAAAGAAUUUAUUGUACCACAGUUGUAUAUAUCAGUAUGCAGACAAAAAUGAUUUUUAGUUUAUGUGUUUGUAUGUUGUUACCUGUUUCCUAAUCUGUGUAUAUCUUGAUGUUUUUAAUAAGAUGUUCUAUUUUAAAUUAUGUAAAUGCAGAUAUAGGAGAGACGAUAUAUAUUACAGGAUUUAAAAAUUCUACCUUAUUGCAUUCCAGAAAAAUAAGAUGUAUAAAAUUCCAACCUGCAAGAUGCUAGUGGAAGUACGGUAUACUCGCAAUGUAAAGGAUGGUGUCAGACGUUGGGUUCAUUUGAUGAACUAACACAAAAAAAUGAAACGAAUAAACCUAUACAAUAUAAGAAAUCAUUAAAAGUAGGCCAUUAACUAAUAUGGUUCAGUGGGGGGAUACAAACGUAAAUGCUGCUGGAAAUUAUACAAGCACAUGAUUUCUUAUAACUUUUUGUACUUGUUUGUCCACAUGAGGACCUAUGCGUUUUGCUGAAUUUCUAAGUAGAUUCGAACCGACUAGCCUUUGUUUUACCUCGGUUUCUCAUUUGGUCAGGGCUUCAGGCAGUGAUGCAGACAGUUAUGACAUUUAAGUCAAAUAGGUCCUCGUUUAAAGACCAUGUUUUCCUUCGAAUAUCCCCUGAAUUCAGACUGGUCUGUUUCAAACCCAAAUGUCUAUCCCACAGACAACCCUCUGGAGACCGAUCGCAUCUUAGUAGUCACAAGCUGUAGCCAUUGUGUCCUUCAAGCUUGAUUAAUGGUGUUUUUUGUUAACUGCUUAGUUUUACAAGCCUAGUCGUUAGAAACAUUAAGUUCAGGAUUAUGGAGUUUAGUCUCCUGUAACAGAGCAAGGGAUUUUGACUCUAGCUUUAAAACAGAUAUUUUUUAGUCAACGUCGGAAUAUUUUUGGUAACUGCAUGAUUUUUUUUACAAUCUUUGCUAAUAGCUGGGAUGGGGGGAGGACUAUUAACAACAGGGGGUGUCUUGAUGGAAGACCCCCUUGCCUUCAAAUUAAAAGAAAAUCAAGGGUAGAGAGCGAGUGUUUAAACAGUAAUGCAUGUUUAAACAUCGUUAAAAUUGAAUUUUAACAACGGUCGGAAUUGGUGGGGUCAGUUUGCACACUUGCGCUGACGGAAAGGAAAGCAAGUUUCUCAACACUGCCAUUUUUUUCAGGGAGGAAACAAAAUGUACAUGAACCCUCUCUUCAUGCACACUCCACUUCAAUAGUGGUCGUAGCUUUGGUUCAUUGGGAACAAUGUCUUUUGGCCGCAAACCGUGCCCUAAAUAGCAGUCUUUGCUUUCUGUUGCCUUCUCACAGUGACAAUAGAGCUAGCCAUGAUUUACUGCCAAUCUUCUUUCUCUUGUGGCUACUGUUUUUGCACUGUAUGUCUUUCAAACGGCAUUUGCCUGUUACCGAACACCAUUCAGAUUGUGACAAUGUUGUUUCUUUGUUUUCUUUCGGGACACGGGAUCGCAAAGGAGCUGGAGCUUUCGCAGCCUAGGACUCCACUUGCACUCUCUUAUUUUAUCACUGAUGCACAGAGGAACCGGGCAGCAGCGGCCUCCCUGCUGCUUGCUGGACAGUUUCAUAGUGUUGGCUGAAUACAUAACAACAUAUGAGAAUUUGACUCAGUAACCGUAAAAGUUAAUGGUCUGUAUAGAUAACGUUAGUCCAUAUGUCCCUCACAACCGGUCUAACAGGAGGAGGACAUGAAGGGGGCAAAAAACAUAAGAAGUUAAUCCAUCAAAACCAUGUCUCUUAUCUUGGAGGAACCUCUUGCAUAUACUAGAUGAUAGCUUCAGGAGGAGUUUCUAAAUGUUUUCAAUGUUAUUGUGUAGUUGAUAGCACUAUUAC